AUGGUUGCUCUCGCUCUUCCCGGACGCCAGAAGGAUUCGGGCUCUGCCGAAACUACUCCCUCGUCAGAAGCACCGCCCUCGCUUGCUCCCAUCCACGUCGCCUCGCUCAAUCGCAGACCCUCACCCGAGCUCGGUCACGCCGAUACUGCUGCUGAUGCAGAGCGUGUCAAGCCUAAGCGCUCUUCCAGCUUUGGUCGUGGCCUCGGCCAGCUAGCGUCCCUCACCACAAGCAAGCCCAAAGCUGUCGACCUCAUGUCGUUCGGUCGCACCAAAUCAGGCGCUUCCACCCCUCAGUCGCCUUCCACCGUACCUGCAGCCGACAAUGUUACCGGAGCCGCUGCCAUCUUGGCCAAUGGCGGCAUCGGCGCUGGCUUGAUGGGUCCGCCGUCCACCCCGGAUCCCUCUCACCUCACCCACUUUUCGCUUCAGCUCAGCGACCUCGUCAACAAGGCGUUUGUACCCUGCACCGCCGGCAGCGCUCCUGCAGCUCACACCACCUCGGUCGCCUCCAACGUCGCUGCUGCAGCCAAGGGCCCCACCACACCUAAGAUCAACCAGAUCACCUACGAAGGCAAGCAUCUCCCUGACAAAGCCAAGAUCAUCGAGAUUGCUCAGCUCGUCGUCGGCGAGCUCCGCUACGCAGAAGCAGUUGACGCCUACCUCUUGCGUGCCGUCUCGCGCCAGAUUCUCAAGGCCCUCACCCUCUUUGCCGCUCGCAUCGACAGUCUCCUCGUCUCGCCCACCAAGGAUCCUGGUGCGGCUCGCAUCCCCACCAACGCCAAGGAGGGCCUGCAUCUCCCAGCGGCUAUGGAAUUCAACCUCGGCCUCGUCACCCUCGAAUGGAUCGUAGAGGACAGCUUGGAACGAUGCAUCGAAGGCGACCGCGACGCCCGUGGCCAACUCAUCGCCGACGAGAAUGGCGCCGUUCACGAUGGAAUGCCUCACUUUGUCUCCGAGAUCCUCACUCCCGUUCGCAAGAGGAUGGAGGGCACCAUUCUCCACAUCAUCCAGCCCAUCUUGACCCAGACCAAGCAGUCCAUUGCUCGAUGCAUUUCCACCGCUGUCCCUACCCCUUUCGUCAGCCCCGUGACGCUUUCACCCGCCAGUACCUCGGCGAAUGGCAUAAGUGGUGCUGCUGACGGUGGCACCGCCUCUCCCCCCACUUCUGCCACCGCUUCCACCACUGCUCUUGCCGCUGCUACUCCUGGCAACGUCUCUCCGCCCCUUCGUCUCGGCGAGACUGGGCCCGGCUCUGCUUGGCUUCGCGAUCUCGACGGCCGCCUCGAGGGAGCUCGUAAGCUUCUGCUACCUCGCAUCGAGGAACGCUGCGGCCAGGACGGCGAAGGCUGGUUCAUCUCGGUCGCCAUCCAUGUCAUCUGGAAGGGUCUCAUGAUCCUCACCUCACGCUCCGUCUCGCUGCCUAGCAACGCUGCUUUCGAGCUGCUCACCGGAAGCAACGCCGCCAGCGCUUCUGCCUUCGACCGUCUCAUGGGCGAAGUCAACCAGAAGCGCAGUCCCUCGCCUGCGCAGCUCGCAUCUGCCCUCAAGGCUGUCGGCGUAGGCGCAGCUCGCAGCAAGAGUCGUGGCCUCGAUCCCGCUACGCACGUGUCCGACUCGGGUCGUCAGACCCCUUCGCACUGUGCUGCCUCGGGUCUGAGCUCGAUCGCCCCCUUCUCCCUCGUCAGCGCCCGCCCCUGCGCGCACCAGCUCGCCGAGCUGCAGACAUUUGAGAAGCUCAUGCUGCGCUUCUGCGACGGCUUCCUUCGCAAGCCAGGAACCCAGAUCAAAAAGGCAGGCAAGUACGGAAAGCGAUCUCGCUUCGCACUCUUCUCGUCUGGCGGUCCGAGUUUCGGCGGUGCUAACCAACCUGUGCUCGACCUCUCGGCCUAUGAUCCUGACGAGGAGGAUGAGCUCGCCCGAGCUGCACUCGCUGAGGCGAUGCACGCGCUGCGCAGCACCGUCAUUGUGCUGCAGUCGCUCGAGCGCGAGCCGGCCGUCAUCUGUGCCGGCCUUGAGCAUCUCAAGAGCCUUCCUGGUGUCACCGACGGCGAAGAGGCUGGCAACACCACUGCCUCGGCGUCUGCGCUAGGAACCGAAGCAACCAAGGCGCUCGAUGCGAUUCCGAACUUGCUUCUGCUGCACAUCCUCUACAAUCGUCUUCCGCUCGGUCCUGGUCGCCUCGAGCUGCCUGCGCCACCGGCCUUGUUCGGCUACACCUGGACCGACUACGAAAAGGCCAUUGCCGGAUUUGCGGGCGGCGAGCAGUGGGCUCAAGCGGUCGCGCUGCGCUACAAACCCGAGAUCGAAAAGGCGUGGAGGUCGAUCGCCAUUCGUCAGGACGAACGUCUUGCCGCUCUGGAGCAGAAGUUGGCCGCCGGUGGCAAAACGGGAGCUGUGCGAUCUUCGCGCUCCGUGUCUGGGCCUCUGUCGAGGGGCAAGUCGGCGCUCGCGCGCGGCGGCGAAUCUUUGCAGUCGGGAGACGACAGUGAAAACGAGGAUGCAGACGGGGAUGUGCCCGAGGGCAUGUCGCAGUCGGUUCCUGAGCUGAAGAAGCCCAACGCCAACGGCACUGACCGCGGUGAACAACUUGUCGACGGUGGUGACGACGCUGCUGGAGCCACGACUCGUGGCAGACCUUCGCCUGGUCGUUCGCCUCGACGCAGCUCGACGCUCGCCCAUCCAGCUAUGGCCGAAGCCACCGCCGCCGCCGCCGCCGCCGCUGCUGCUGCUGGUGGCAAUGCCGUCCCUGCGACCACCGCCACGUCCGCACCCCGCUUCUGGCGCCGGAGCACCUCCAACGGACGCACUGGAUUCCACCUCUCCUUCUCGGGUCUGCGCUCCCAAUCCCCUCGCGUCGAUGGCGCCCCGACUCCGCCCAUCAGCUCCACCACUACCGAUCCGAUGCUUUCCACGCCCACACUCACGGCAUCGCCUCCCAACUCGACAACCCAUCUCGUAAUCAGCCCUGCCUGCGAGGUACCCGCUUCACCCCCUCGUUCCACCACCAGCGAAGCUCGGCCUGCCGAGAUGCUAGACGCGGCCGAGGUGACGGUCAAGCUGGAAAAACGUUCGUUGUGCGUCUUUGCCACUGCCUUGACGUAUGCUGGCAGAGGAUCGGUCAACAUCGAAUUGCGUUGA